ACUGACACCCCUCAGAGGAGGAGUCAAGGAUGACAACACGUAUAGAAGGGACGAAGGAUAAUACAGCAGGGAGAAGGAUGAAUGGGAAAGCUGGGGGCUUUCAAGAAAUAGUAAGAGGAGAUCACAUAACCAGCGUAGCAGGCAGGAGGGAGGAGAGGCUGAAUGGGGCAGGCGGGACCUGUCACCACCAAGGUUUCUUUUUAUACAGUCACAAUGACAACCUGCAGUAAGGACUAAGCUGCUGCCAUAACCGUGCAGGAGACUUGCAGCUGCUGUCACUGCCCAGUGAGCUACCACCAGUGAAAAGAAGCGGGAAAGGAGAACACGGCCCAGCUCCUGUCAGGGAACCACACGCUGCACUGUCAGUGCUGCUUAUGUCUAUCUCCCUGCACGCACAACGACAGUCUUGUAUCCCCUCCCAAACAAUGGCCAACUCAUUCUGUCUCAGCCAGUGCGAUGUCAUCGGCUUCGACCUGGACCACACUCUGUGCCGGUACCAGCUACAUGAAUCCAACAAGCUAAUUUAUGAGAGUUUUGCUCAGUACUUGGUGAGUGAAAAAGGAUACAGUGCAGAACUGCUAUGUGUUUCACCCGAGGAAUGGGAUUUCUGUUCAAAAGGGUUGGUGUUGGAUUUGGAAGAAGGAAACUUUCUUAAGCUUGCUACAGAUGGCACUAUACUCAGGGCAGCUCAUGGCACAAAGUCAAUGACUGUAGAAGAAAUUGAGGAAGUCUAUGGAGAGAAGAGAGAGUGGAAGCAUUUUAAUGCAAUAAAUGGAACUUAUGCACGCUCAGCUAAAUAUUACUUUUACGAUAACCAUUUUGAUUUGCCUAGCGCACUUCUGUGCGCAAAAGUUGUGGAUUGUAUUGAAGUGACUGAGGGGCAGAAGUAUGAUUUUUGGAAAGACAUUGUUGCUGCUAUAGAACACAACUAUAAGACUACGGCCUUUAAAGAAAACUGUGGGACAUAUUUUCCAGCUGUGAAGAAAAAUCCAAGCAAAUAUUUAAAGCCUUGCUCAGAUGCAGUAAAACACUGGCUAAGGGACCUCAAGAACGCUGGGAAAACGCUACUAUUAAUCACUAGUUCACACAGUGACUACUGCCGACUAUUGUGUGAACACAUUUUAGGAAAGAAUUUUGAAGAGCUGUUUGAUAUCAUAAUAACCAAUGCUCUAAAACCUGGUUUCUUCUCGCUUGCUCCACAACAAAGACCCUUUUGGGCUCUCGAAAAUGAUGAAGAAGUCCAUAUGUUGCCAUUGCUGGAGAAACCUGGCUGGUACUCACAGGGCAAUUGGAUACAUCUUUAUGAACUUUUAAAGAAAAUCACUGAGAAAAGUGAACCUAAGGUUGUAUAUUUUGGAGACAGUAUGCGUUCAGAUAUUUUCUCAGCCCGUCACUAUAGCAACUGGGAGACAGUCCUCAUUUUUGAGGAGUUGGAAGGAGAUGAAGUUUAUAAACCAAACAUGACCGAUUGGGGAUCCUCCUUAAAAAAGAAAGGAAAAUAUGAUAAUAAAUGCACAGUAUCAAGAAAAUGGGGAUCAUAUUUUGCUGACAAGAUCGCUGGCAUACAAGGACUGCAGGAAGUAUCUUCUCUCACUUGGUGCUGCACAAGUAUCAGAAACUACAGUACCAUUGCAAUCCCAAGUAUAGCGUCAAUUGUAGAUCUGCCUCUGGAUUACAAGUUCAAGCGUUUCUCCACAGACACCUCAGAGACUGAAGGCUACUAUCCAUACCCGCCACAAGCCCUGCUAUGUCAGAAAAAUGAAGGGACCGCUGCUUAGUUUUCCCCCAAGUUCUGUUGUAACACGAUCAAACCAAAUAGGUGUUACCUAUCUAUUUUAUUUCUGUAAAACAUGAAGGUUAGCUAGCUAGCUGAGCCUAGUGAUGAACCAGGUUAUUAUUAGCCAUGUAGUAUGGUAUUACAAAUGUUGAUGUUUUCUAAUGGUUUUGUAUAAUUAAGUACAGAAAAGUAGCAAAUGUGAAGCAGCCUACCAUUUCUAUAAAUGUGACACAAUAUUAUAUCAGGUGGAAUGAUGUGUCACAAUGCAAUGUUCUGCAAUUGGGCACAGAAGUUAAAUAGCACAGAAGUGAGGAACCUGCACAGACUUUUAAAUCCUACCCCCGUGUCACCCUUUAUAUGGCUAUUGCAAUUUACUAACCUGUGCAAAUGUUUGCAACUCUGCCAUCAGGCACCCACAAAUCAAACAACGUUUUUGAGAAAAUAUAGGGUGUGGGUUAAAAAAUAUGAUGUUUUGCUUUUGCAUUGUGCAGUUUACAAAAUGAGCCUUUGUUUUCAGGCACAAAAGCAAACUAUAUAUAGUGUUCCAUUGGAGGGAAACUGUUAUAGAGUUUCCACUAUCCCACUGCAUUCAUAGUUGCAAAAUAUCUUCUGCUGCUGUAUGUAGAGUUGUCAUCAAUAAAUGUGAUUUAGGGGCAUCUAAAUGCCCCCUGUAAUGCAGCUCUAGCUACCUUCACUAAGGGAAUGCAUAAUGUUCUCUUAAACAUGGCGCUUACACAUGACACAUGGCUUUGUACAGCUGCAGACAACACUUAAAAAAUCCCUCUCUCUCUAUCACUCUAUCUUCCAUAUGCCUGCAUAUCCUCUAUACCAUUUGGAGCUGUCUCCAUGUAAUUGUUGUGGGAGCGUGCCCUGGAUGCCAGGUUCUCUGGUGGGCCCUAGGAGGCCUAGUCCAACUCUGGGAAUAAUCAAGAGGUUUGGGUUACUUCUUGUCAGAAUCUCAUAUAUGAAAGAAAGAGAAACUUUUCUUGAUAUUUUGAUCCUUCUUUGAGAGACAAAUUAUAAAUACACAAGACACGGACUACAGAGAGCAUAUUGUGUUAUGCCAGUGGCUGCUCCUGUUCUCUAUUGCCAGAUGUGAAUUUGCAGUAAUUAUAUACUCCUGUUCUGAAUGAUCAUAUUUUGUGAUAAAUUCCAUCCUGUAAUUCUGUGUUAUUAUUUAUACUUUUUAAGUAAAUGUACUGACUACUAAUUUGAUAUGAUGAAAAUUAACAAAUUAAGUGAUGAAAAGUUAUUUGUUUAAUCAGUGCUGAAUGUGCUUUUGUUAAACUAUUGCAGCUCGCCAUCUGUUAUUACAGACUGCAGGCCUAUGGGGCUCAUUUACUAAUAACAAAGAAGGUGCAACCUGCAGAUAUCAGUGCAAUCUGCCCCACAACAACAUUAAGGGCAAAGACACACGGAGCGAUUAGUAGCCGCAACUUUUUGAAAAGUUGCGGCAACUAAUCCGCAUGACGAAAUUGCGCGACUGAGGCCACUAAUCACCUUGUGUGUCUUCGCCCUAAAGGAGUGGUUCACCAGCUAACUUUUAAUAUGUUAUAAAAUGGUCAAUUCUAAGUAGAUUUUAAAUUGGUCCUUAUCAUUUAUUGUAUAUUGCAAUCAUUUGCCUUCUUCCUUUGCAGUUAUUAAAUGGGGGUCACUGACCCCAGCAGGCAAAAAACGAUUGCUCUGUGAAGCUACAGUUUUAUUGUUAUUGUUACUUUUUGUAACUUUCUUUUUUUGGACCCUAGCAACCAAAUUACUGCUGAAACUCUAAACUGGAGAGCUCCUGAUCUGAAAAUGAAAUAACUAAAAAAAAACUACACAAUAAAAAAUGAUGACCAAUUGCAAAUUAACUUUUCAUACUAAAAGUUAACUCAAAGGAAACAACCUUUUAUAAAUUUGUAGCAAAUGAAAUGUGUGCCAUUAUGAGCAGGGCAUGGGGAGAUCUGUUACAUGCACUCAUUUAACCACAGUUUAGUUGAAAAAUAAAAUGUAGUCACAGUGUGCAGCAGGGACCCUAGUCAAUGACAAGUAUAAAGUACAGGGUUCCCUUGUGCUGAUCAGAUUUAUAUAAUAUCUAAUCCUGGAGGCAUAUAAGAUUCUCCCCUGCACUGUUUCAUUUGAAUAAAUAGCUUAGUAAAAUUAAGCCUUGCCCAUAGUCCCCUCUGGGCCCCACCAGGACUAUUCUGGUCCACACAGGGUAUUAAACAAGUCUAGUAACUGAACUCAACGGCUGUCUUUUUUUCUGUUCAGAGAGCAGUGGCAUAACUACAGAGGAAGCAGACCCCACAACCACGGGAGGCCCGGGUCUAUUCCCUCUGUAGGGGGAGCCUGCAGGUGACCCACGAUACAUGUGAAAUUGCGGGGUACUUGUUUUUAUUUUUGGCAUGUUGUGAGUGACCCACAAUUCUUUUUACAUCUCAGGUUUCCUGCAAUUACUGCUGGGGGGGGGUGUAAAAAAAUUGCCAAUGGACCCUAGUUAAUAAAGUAUCCUUUGGCUUAGUAUCUAAUAUCUUUCUACAAACACUGUAACACUAUACCAGUGUCCUGUUCUCUAAUCUUUGAUUUGUAGAUAUAAAUCACUACUUUAAACACUACUCUAAAACAAUUAUAUCUACACUGAAUAUUUAAUAACUGAUUAUAUAUUUCUAUGCUGACCAUAUAUGAAACAGAAGGUGCACAAUCCCACAAACAAGGAACCCAUGCCAAACAUUGAAUAGAGAGGUUUAGCAAGCACUUGAUAGUAGACAGAGGAAUAAAGGCUUAAAGCCCAACAAGAAGCUUAUACAAGGUGAAGGAAGAUUUGAUGAACAAUAUAUCAAUUUUCUUUGCUAGAUGGUUUGAUCUUGAAUUACUUUCAUAGAGUGAGAAAUUUAGAGAUGUAUUGCCUAACUCCGCAUUUUCUGUAUGAUCGAUAAGCUCAGCCCCCAUCCCCUUUAGCUCACCCCCAGGUCAAACACACAAACUUAACCCACCAUUUCCCAUUUUUCCUUGCCACAAAGUCAUUUACAUGGUGAGAAAGAUUACUGCAGAUACUAUACCUUCAUUUAUAAUUGGUGUUGAUACUCUGUAUCCUUUCUUUGCUAUUUCUGUAAUGUGUUUGUUCAGUGUUCAAUAAAAGAGAUUAAAGACCAGACUGGCCACAACUGAACCGA